GGGGGGUAAUGUAAGGACCGUUUUACUAUUUUCUUAUCUUUGUUAUGUCUUGGUUCUCGAACGCUUUUUCCGUUACACCUCUGGCUCUAGGGCUAGAGGUAUCCUUUGCCAUCUUACUUCUCAUAGCCCUCACAGGCUUUCUUAACCAUCGCUACCACUUUAUAUCACAGAUCAGAGACUGGGCAUCGCUCCCAGCUAGCCAGCACACUGGGUAGGGACUGGUAGUAGACAUCUCGCCAACCAGCUCCAAGCCCCAGUAAAGCCUGGUAAUACUAAUAAACGCCUUAUCUAGAAUUGUACCUCAUCAUGAGGAUACGGUUCCUGACCACGCGUAACAAUCUUCUAUUAUUAGUACAAGUCUCUCACCUGCUGAUUAAUCAAGUCAGAAGUCGUACAAUAGUUACUCUCCCUUUUUCCUAUUGGUUGAUUAAUUCCUCAGACCACUUUUCGUAUAUUCUCCUUUCGGUCUGAGGAACGGACAGUUCUCUAUAUAAAGACGUGCCUAUUCAUGUAUAGCUCCUUAGCUUUCUAUUACUG